AUGUUACACCACUACAAUGAAGACUCAGGCCGCUAUGAGUGUAGUUACUGCAUCCGCUCCUAUGAAAAGGGCGUCAUCCUCUACAGGCACCUCAUCUACGAAUGUCUCGCUGCUCCUAUUCUCCGCAACCAGCUGUGCCCUUAUUGCAAGUAUAGAGGCCGUAGUAAGAGGUCUCUUGUUGUCCACAUGGCUGAAAACCAUAUUGCUGAACUGCGGCAGCACAUGCUCGCCUUGAAAAGAAGGUCUACAUGUGUGCUACAUGCAAUAAGACAUACCUCUACUCUUCCUCUCUUAGGAGGCAUGAGAAGUUUGAGUGUGGAAGAGAAGCGCAGCUCCAGUGCCCCCAUUGCCCUCAUAGAACUAUUUACAAGUCAAGCCUUAUAA